UGCAAAAAAAAAUAGAAAAUAAUUCUUAAUAAAAUAAUUAAUAAAUAACAAACAAAUUUACAAAAUACAAUGAAUAAUAUUUAUUUAUUACCAAAACUUAAAUCUGCUUUUGUUGAAGAAAAUUGGAAUGAAUUAUUAAAUCUUCUUAAUCCGAAAAUAUUUAGAAUUUCUGAAUUAGAGGAAUUAAUUGCUUUUUCAAUCUUAGCAAAAGUAGCAGAAAUUCUUACAACAGAAAAUCCUGUUAUUCCAAAUAAUAUAAAAAUUGUUUGUUUAAAAUGUUUAGGAAAUUCUUGUGUCAAUAAUUACAUACAUAAAGAAUAUAUUUCAAUUGAUAUUGAACGUGGAACGUAUAGUCAUAAAUUAUAUUCUAUUUUAGCAAAUAAUGAAAAUAUUAAAGAAAUGGAAAUGUCUAAUUCUUAUCCAUUCAAUUCUCAUUUUCCUUAUGAAGGUGUCAUAGAUUGGACAUCAAACUUUAUUACAUCGUAUAUGUUGGAUGAUGAUUUGGUAGAUGAAAAAUUAGAAAUUUUAAGAUUAUGUAUUCAAUUCCUUUGUAAUCUAUUUACAUUUGCAUCUAUAAAAAAUAACGAUCACCCAGAUCAUUAUAAUAUACCAAAAUAUUUAUAUGAUACUAAUUUAAAGGAUAUAAUAAUAAAUAUAACAAAUUCUGAACAUAUGUCACUUGUUAGAGCUUCAUGUGCAUUUAUACAUAAUGCUUUAAAAAAAUAUGAAGGAAAUACUUUUUUAGAAAGAGAAAAAAGACAUUUGUGUUCACAAUUAUUAAAACCAAUUAAACAAGAUUUUGAAAGUGCAAAAGAAGCUCUUAUGCUUUUAUUACUUGAAAAAAAUAUAUUAGAAAAUAUAUAUAAUGAUAUGACAAUAGAAAAUAAAUUAUAUUUAUUAGAAAUCAUUUGUAAUGAACUCUCGAACUCAAUACAUAAAUCUAAAAGUGAAUAUAUAUUUACAAAAGAUACAAUUGAAUUUUUGAUUGAAAGAUUUUGUAAAAAAAGUGAUUUAAUUUUAAAAACAGUAGACAUAUAUUUAGACGAAGUGGAACCUAUAGAAAUUGUUAUUCUUCUUGAUAUUAUUGGAAUCUUGACAUCAAAAUUUUGUGAAGAAUAUAAUUUUCUGACUAAUUACAAGAAUUUACUUAUUAAUUGUAUUUAUUUAUUAAAAUCUAUUCAAAUGAUUGGAAAACAAUCAGAUAAUCAUUUUACACCACUAAAAAAAUUAAGUGAUGUAACUUUAACAAUGAAAGGAUUAACAAAUAAUAAUUCAGAGGCAUUUUCAAAUAAUAUAGAAUUUAAAGAAAAUAGAAAUAAAUUGAGUUCAAUGAAAAACGAUUUUCAAAAUCAUCCCACAUUUGGUUUUAAAGCUGGUUUAAUAAGAAUUAUUGGAAAUAUGUCAUAUAAAAAUAAGGAAUAUCAAGAUCUUCUUCGCGAAAUGGACGUUAUUCCUUUGCUUCUGGAUUGCUGCAAUAUAGACGCGAGAAAUCCACUUAUAAUGCAAUGGACGAUCCUCGCGCUACGGAAUUUAUGUGAGGGUAAUCCUUCGAAUCAAGAGAUCAUCCGGAAUAGCAGUAAAAUCGGCGUUGUGGAGAAUAGUGUGCUACAGGAAAUGGGUGUCACGCUGCACGAGGAUGAGGAAGGAAAAAAGAUCGGAAUCGUGCCUUUACUGCGUGAAUAAAAAUAACAUUAUUCAAUUUAUUAUUUAUUAAAUUUUUAAUCAAUAUAUUUAAUUAAUUAAAUUUAUUAUUUUAAAUUGAAGCUUUUUAAUGAAAUUUUUAUCGUUCAUAUAGAUUGGA